UGCUGGAAAUGCCAUUUUCUGCCAGUAUAAGACAGGCAGAAACAAUAGUUAAGAGAAAGUGAGCUUGGAUUUGCCUCACAUAUGUAGGCUGUCCUAACAGAGGCAAUGCAUUUGUAUUGUAUAUAUGGUGUUUAUAAUGCAAACACCAGACACUGUUUGUCUUUCUCUUGAAGUGAAGGUGAUUAUGCUGAAUAGAAAUGGAACGGGAUGAAAUAAACUCCUAUACAAAGGCCAAGCAGUUUGACUUGAGACUAAACACUGGCUGUAGGACCAGAAAUACAGGCUUAAAUCCAGGUUACCUUCUCUCUCUCUCUCUUUUCUUCAUUCUUCACAACUAUGAUGUGCUUUGUGUUAUUUACAUUGUGCCAGGUGACUCAUCUAAAUGAAAUCUCUCUCUGACGCCAUCAAACAUGACCACAAAAAUGAUGAGGCAGUUGCUGGAAGGGAACUAAUAGUAAUUCUGAAGUAUGGACUUUACAGUCUGAGGCAGAUUCAUAGCAUGUGAAUAGCUGGGUGGCAUUGAAAACAUAUACUUACAUUCCUGAUCUGUUUAAGAAAAAAUUUAAUUGCAGGUUUAGCAGGGCACUACGCUUGCCUGAGACAAGCUAAAUAGCAGCUUACUUAAAAACAAAACAAAAUGGUCAGUCUUCCCAUUUACUUAAUCAGAAGUUCGAGGAUUCUCCAGUCAAAAGAAGUGAAAAUCCUGGUUGGAAAGCAGCGCUGCCUGACAAUUUCUGCCCUGCCCCUGGAUGAAUGUUACUGCAGAUCUGGACUUGAAUUAGCCUAUACAGAUUGUGAUUGUUCUUUGCACUUAAACUCUGACCCCAAAGGUGUGUCUUUUCCGGGGGUUAUACGAUCAGCUUAGUAGUUUCUAGGCCCUUGAAAACAAAUUCCUGCAGUAUAAAUACAGAUAACAGGAAUUAUUGUACUGAAAUCAACACUGCUAAAAGCAGAGUACCAAGUCCACACAGUUUGCUGUUGUGAAGAAGCCGUGGAAUCAGAAAAUGAGCCUGCGUUCCUGAGCCCCGUUACCGAAGAGAUUCUCCUCUGACUUCUGCUGGUUGAGAGCAAACAAACUGUUUUUAAAUAUUUAGAGAAGAUUGAAGCUGCUACCUGAAAAACUGGAGCCAAAGUCUGAACUGAUUUGAAAUGAGGUCGUCAACUCUUAAGCAAUUUUAUUCAUGGCAGGUUUUGUCCAACGCUGACUCUCCUCCGAGCUGUGCGCUGGAAUCUGAAAUGAAACAGAACUUUGCUUUUGACAACAUGGGCUACGAGGAGAACUGUGAAGCCAUGCCCUCAUCGUCUUCCCAGGAGCGCACUGUGGUGGUCAAUGUUGUAGGAAUGACUUGCCAAUCUUGUGUGCAGUCGGUAGAAGGACGAAUUUCCAAAGUUAAGGGUGUUGUGAGUAUUAAAGUCUCCCUUGAACUGAAUAAUGCUCUAGUAAAAUAUCUACAGUCAGAAAUAAGCCCUGAACAGAUUUGCCAAGAAAUAGAGGAUAUGGGCUUUGAUGCUAACAUAGCAGAAGAGAGGUUGACACCAGUGUCUGUAAAUUUGCCGUGCUCGAGAGAGGCAGUAAUAAAGCUUCGGAUAGAAGGCAUGACGUGCCAGUCCUGCGUCACCAGCAUUGAAGGAAAGAUUAAGAAGCUUCACGGUGUGGCAAAAAUCAAGGUGUCACUCAGUAACCAGGAAGCAGUUAUUGCUUACCAUCCGUAUAUCAUUCAGCCUGAGGAACUUAGGAGCCAUAUCAGUAACCUGGGGUACGACUGCACCAUUAAGAGUAAAUCGGCACCUUUGAAGCUUGGUGUGCUUGAUGUCAGGAGCCUGCAGAGUGCAGACCCCAAAGAGACACCUGCAUCUCUCGAGGGUGAGGGUUUGCAUCCAUUGGUUGCCAACAAGAGCAGCACAGCUACAGUGACUGUACAUAUAGAAGGCAUGCACUGCAAAUCUUGUGUCAGAAACAUUGAAGGAAAUAUAUCCUCUCUUCCAGGCAUACAAAGUAUUGAAGUCUCCUUGGAGCAUAAAUGGGCUGUCGUGCAAUAUAGCCCAAAUUUAAUAACCUUGCCUGCUUUGCAGCAAGCUAUUGAAUCCCUUCCACCUGGAAACUUUAAAGUUUACCUCCCUAAUAGUUCAGAAGCAAAUAAUCAAGCAUCUUCGUCUCCUGCUUUGGUAUGUGAUCUCUUCAGAGAGCCACUGAAAGACACAGUGUGCACAGCUGUUAUUAGGAUUGAUGGCAUGACCUGCAAUUCCUGUGUACAGUCCAUAGAAGGAACAAUAUCUCAGAGACAAGGCGUGCAGCAUGUAGCAGUUUCUUUAGCUGACAAGACUGGGACCAUACAUUAUGAUCCAGCUAACACAAAUGGAGAGGAACUGAGAGCUGCCAUAGAAGAAAUGGGGUUUGAUGCAUCUUUGCUGACAGAUACUGGUGCAGGAGAUCACAAGCAGUGGCCUGAUGCCAGCAAUGCUGCAGCACAGCCUCGAGCUCCAGAGCCUCCUCGCCAGAGCUGUGUCUCCGAUGCACUUCCAGACAGCCCGCACCUUGAUGAGCCAAACCAGCCCAGUGGAGCAACAGCCAAGAAGUGCUUUUUACAAAUCACUGGCAUGACCUGUGCAUCGUGUGUGUCUACCAUUGAAAGAAAUCUGCAGAAAGAAGACGGUAUUGUUUCAGUGUUGGUAGCACUGAUGGCAGGUAAAGCAGAGAUAAAAUACAAGCCAGAGUUCAUACAGCCUCUUGAAAUAGCACAGUUGAUUCAGAAUUUGGGUUUUGAAGCCACUGUCAUAGAAGAUCAUUCAGAAACAGAAGGAAAUGUGGAGCUUCUUAUUACAGGGAUGACUUGUGCUUCCUGUGUUCACAACAUUGAAUCCAAACUUAUGAGGAUGAAUGGCAUAUUCUACGCCUCAGUUGCACUUGCUACUUGCAAAGCUCACAUCCAGUUUGAUCCUGAAAUUACAGGACCUCGAGAUAUUAUAAAAAUAAUCGAGGAAAUUGGCUUUCAUGCUUCUGUGUCUAGAAGAGUUCCAAAUACGCAUAACUUGGAUCAUAAAAGGGAGAUACAGCAGUGGAGGAAGUCUUUCUUGUGCAGCCUUGUGUUUGGUAUUCCUGUCUUAAUCCUAAUGAUUUAUAUGCUAAUACCUGGCGGCGAACACCACGGGGCUAUGGUGCUGGAGCAGAAUCUCAUUCCUGGAUUAUCUAUUUUAAAUCUUCUCUUCUUUGUCCUGUGCACUUUUGUUCAGUUUCUCGGUGGAUGGUAUUUUUAUGUACAAGCUUACAAGUCACUGAAGCACAAGGCAGCCAACAUGGACGUGCUUAUCGUACUGGCCACAACGAUUGCUUAUGUGUAUUCAUGUGUGAUCCUGUUGGUGGCAAUAAUUGAAAAGGCAGAGAAAAGCCCUGUCACUUUCUUUGACACUCCUCCAAUGUUGUUUGUAUUCAUUGCCCUUGGGAGAUGGCUUGAACAUAUAGCAAAGAGUAAAACCUCAGAAGCUCUUGCUAAACUUAUAUCUCUCCAAGCCACGGAAGCCACUGUGGUGACUCUAGGACCUGACCACUCUAUCAUCAGAGAGGAGCAGGUACCUGUUGAACUGGUUCAAAGGGGUGAUAUUGUAAAGGUUGUUCCAGGUGGGAAGUUCCCAGUGGAUGGGAAGGUCAUUGAAGGCAAUUCUAUGGCAGAUGAGUCUCUCAUUACUGGGGAAGCUAUGCCUGUUACUAAAAAGCCUGGAAGCACAGUGAUUGCUGGCUCUAUAAAUGCACAUGGCUCAGUUCUUGUUAAUGCAACUCAUGUUGGUAAUGAUACCACCCUAGCACAGAUCGUGAAAUUGGUGGAAGAAGCUCAAAUGUCAAAGGCACCAAUCCAGCAACUGGCAGAUAAGUUUAGUGGAUAUUUUGUUCCAUUUAUCAUCAUAAUUUCUACAGUGACUUUGGUAGCAUGGAUCACAAUCGGCUUUAUAAAUUUUGAUAUUAUUCAGAAGUAUUUUCCUAAUCAGAACAAGCACCUUUCAAAAGCUGAACUAAUACUGAGGUUUGCGUUUCAAACCUCAAUCACUGUGCUGAGCAUUGCAUGCCCCUGUUCUUUAGGCUUGGCUACCCCAACAGCUGUGAUGGUGGGCACAGGAGUUGCUGCACAGAAUGGUAUUCUCAUCAAAGGUGGAAAACCCCUGGAAAUGGCACACAAGAUCAAAACUGUGAUGUUUGAUAAAACGGGGACCAUUACUUGUGGGGUUCCUAAAGUCAUGAGGGUUCUUCUGCUGGAAGACACAGCUGUGCUCUGUCUGAAGAAGGUACUGGCAGUGGUUGGCACUGCAGAAGCCAGCAGUGAGCAUCCUUUGGGAGUGGCAGUCACUAAAUACUGCAAAGAGGAGCUUGGCACUGAGAGCCUUGGAUACUGCACCAACUUCCAGGCAGUCCCAGGCUGUGGCAUCAGCUGCAAAGUAGGUGGUGUUGAGGCUGUCCUGGGCAUGGCUGAGGAAGGUGUUGAUAAGUUGGACACUAACAAGAGUGGGGACAGCAGUGCUCCUCUGGGAGAUAACGCACUGAUUGCACUCUCUGAAUCAAAUGGUUCAUCGUCUUCCCAUAUAUACUCAGUAUUGAUUGGAAAUCGUGAGUGGAUGCGACGGAAUGGCUUGCAUAUUGCAAAUGAUGUCAAUGAUGCCAUGACAGACCAUGAAACAAAAGGACAGACAGCCAUAUUAGUGGCUAUAGAUGGCGCCUUGUGUGGAAUGAUCGCAAUUGCAGACACGGUCAAGCAGGAGGCAGCCCUUGCUGUGCACACGCUGAAAAACAUGGGAAUAGAUGUGGUGCUGAUAACGGGAGACAACAGGAAAACUGCAAAAGCCAUUGCUACUCAGGUUGGGAUCAAAAAAGUCUUUGCUGAGGUUCUUCCUUCUCACAAAGUCGCAAAGGUCCAAGAACUCCAAAAUGGGAGGAGAAAGGUUGCAAUGGUUGGUGACGGAGUCAAUGAUUCCCCUGCACUAGCCAGGGCCGACAUUGGAAUAGCAAUUGGAACGGGCACUGAUGUUGCCAUUGAAGCAGCAGAUGUUGUUCUUAUCCGAAAUGACUUGCUGGAUGUAGUUGCCAGUAUUCACUUAUCGAAGAGAACAGUGCGGAGAAUACGAAUAAAUCUGAUUCUCGCCUUAAUUUAUAAUCUGCUUGGAAUACCAAUAGCAGCAGGUGUGUUUAUGCCCGCUGGUCUUGUGCUUCAGCCUUGGAUGGGAUCAGCUGCCAUGGCAGCUUCCUCUGUGUCUGUUGUGCUGUCUUCCCUGCAGCUAAAAUGUUAUAAGAAGCCAGACACAGAAAGUUAUGAAGCUCAAGCUCAAGGCCGCAUGAAGCCACUAACUCCUUCCCAAAUCAGUGUUCAUAUUGGAAUGGAUGAUAGGAGGAGGGAUUCAUCCAGAUCGGCUCCUUGGGAUCAAAUUAGUCAAGUGUCUCUCUCUUCCUUGACUUCAGACAAGCUGCCAAGACAUAAUGGGCUUUUUGAGGAGGAAGGGGACAAGUGGUCACUGCUGAUGAAUGGAGGAGAUGAAGAACAGUACAUCUGAAGUGUUGCGUUCUUAUUACAGCAGGAAAUGUUUCACUUCACCAAGGAAAACAGGGACCAAGUUAUGUCAUCAAGAGCUGCAAGGUUAUAAGUGAAAUUAUUCCUUUGGCUCACAAAACAAUUGCAGUACAGUUUCAUAUUGUACGGAUUGUGGAGUUUUUUCAGGUCACCAGUUAUUCCUACUCACUGAAAGAAUCUGUGACUCUAUUGUGCUCAUUUGCACGCAGCAAUUAGUGAAAUAAUUUAAAACAGUAAUUUUCAGAGUCUAAUAGAGUUUCUGUCUUCUGGACUGUUUGCUGGGCACCAAAUUUCAUACUUCACGUUCUUUCUAAGUUUAUUCUUUCAGGAGCACAUAAAGCAAAAAAUAUGCUCAUAGCCUCCAAAUACUACGCCUAUGUGAAAAUAUCCACUGCAUAAGGAGCUCUGUGGUUGGAACCACACAGAAUCCUAACUAGUCAUGUCAUUGUGGGUGCACUUUAUACUUAGGAUUCAUGUGCAUCUUCUUGGACCAAAAAAGCUUCAGUGUUUCACUGACUACAUCUCUCAGAAAAGUCUCUUUCAAAGACUUUCACUUUCUUUCAACUAUCAAACUCUUUUGAUGCACAUUUUCACAGCUGAACUUGUUCUGUGAUUCCCACUGAUCUCUUAGGCUUUCUCUUUUGCUCCAUACAAGCUCUUUUUUCUCCCCUUUCUCCACACAAGACAUCUUCUAUGACUUAUUACUAUGUUUACAGAUACUCCUUUUAGGGACAGUUUCCUUUAAGUCACUAGGAAUUUUCCAUUCUUAGGGAAACCCACAAAGGAUGAGCAAUUAGUGGUCUAAGUUAGUACAUAAUUUUCCUGUGGAUAUCUUGUAUGAUCCCUUAAAGUCCUGGAUGGUUGGUAGUCAGCAGUCUCUUCCCUCUGACCAAGGGAAGAAUUUCUGUCAGUGUGAAUGAAGCUGGCAGUUACUGUGGAGUGACUGAAAGCAGAUCGACGUCUGCAGAUGGUGUGACUCCAGCAUGGCUGGAUGGAGUGAGUUUGUUAUAAAUCAGCUUAUAACCAGCUUACUGGUUGCUUAAAGUGCAGCCUUGACAUUAGAAGGGAAUGGUUGAAAAGUGGCCUUAAAAUGUGGGAUUUCUACUUGCCAUGGUGUAAGUAACUCUUCCUGAUGAUGGAAGGGUAUGAGGAUUUGCAAUAGCUUGAAUUUUAAGGUAAAUGGAUUCCCAUGUUUUCAAUUGGUUUCAAGUUCCUUUUUUGCUCUAGUUUAAUAAGAAAUCAAGGUGCUGAGCAACCCACCUUUCACUUCAGUGUCUGUACCAAAGCUGGUGGUAGCUUUAUCUCUCUGAAUGUUGAAUUCAACCCUUAAUACCAUUUAGAGUCAGGACAAUAGGAACCAACUGCUGAAGUGCACUUGAACCUGGUCCCAUAGUGCUGAACUGUGGGACUCUGAAGUAAACACACCAGAGUUUUGUGUUCUGAUUUGGGAAGUGAAAGAACGGGAAUUACUGCACUAAGCAGUAUGAGAUAACGUUCACUGAUUCAAUUAUAGAAUGGUUUCAAAUAGGGAUUCGAGUUCUGCCCCUCCUAAUACUUAGUUGUUGUUUUCUACAAGGCAGAAAAGGGACCGUGCCUAAAGCACCAGGCAGAUCUUCCUGUUCUCACUUCCUUUUAGUAUUACAUUUCAGCUGUCACGAGAAAACACCAACAGCAUUGUCUAAAAUACAAUUACUCAUGCUUUAAAACUGUACAAUCUCCUUAUACAUGCAGAGGUGACUUUCACAGCUCACACACUUCUCAGAGGUGCCAUAAAUGCCUUAAUGUGGCCUUCAGGGGAAGCUGGUCUACUGUUUCACUAUUUUAUGUUUUCUUACCAGUGCUUACAGUAAAAAAUAUGGUGUUUUGUUGUUUUUUAAACAAACAAAACUUGUGUGCCUUGGCUUCUUAUUUUUUGAAGGGUACAGGAAAAAAACAACACUCUACCAAACAACCACAUAUAAGCAGUAAUUGAUGGAUAGUAGGAUGCAGACGCAAAAUGUCAUUGCCAACAAGCAGUUUCGUUUGCAUGGCAUGCUGUGCAAACGUCUCUGUUCUUGAUUUAGCAUACUUGGCUCCGACAAAAAUAAAACCAGGAUAUUCAGCCCAUUGAUCUGUUCUGGUGGAUCACAUCUUUGUGUAGUUGGAAGCUGCAAAGACUUCUUUGUUAGAUUUCAGCAGAAGUGAGAAUUACUUGGUUCUAUUGUUGACUUGAUCUUUGCUUUUUGAAACUCUGGACCAGUCUGCUCGUGUUAAAGAUCACAGUGUGCAUAUCCAACAGUACAGUGCAUGUGGGGUAAGAAAAGAAAUGUUAUGGAUGAUUAAUGUGACUGUUUUGUGAUCUGGUUCAGGCAGAGUAAGCAGGGAAGAAGGACAGUGUUGUACUGUGCAGGCAGGUGAGGCUGGAAGCAUUUUGAAGGAUAGAAUUAGGAUUCCAAACCAUCUUGAGAUAUUGGACAAAGGAAUUGGAGGUCAGCUGGGCAGAAAAAUGCCAGGUAGGUGGUUUAUAUUUGUUUGAUGACCUGUUCUAACAACACUGUGGUGCUGCACAGCAGAACACAUACAUGGUGGUGCAUAAACACUGUUAUCUACAUGAUGUAAAAUCAGGACGUAAGUACCGGAGAAAGAGAAAUGUAAGGAGAUAGACAGACUUUCAGUAGGUUUCCCAACAGCGUACUUAAAGGAAGUACAAGUCUUCAAAUACAAAGAGAACAACUGAGUUCUUUCAUCUUUCAGUGUCUUAUGUCCACAGAGGAUAGAAGAAGAAUUAAGAGGCUUAUUGAUUCAAGGAAGAUUUAGAUCAGUCCCUGAGGAGGAACUAGCAGGAAGAGAUUUUCAAGGCAGGCUCUUGGGCUGCGUGUGGCAGUUGGGCACGUACCUGUUGGAAAUGCUUCAGCCAGAGGUGAGUCCUGUCAUGGUGGCUCCCUUGGACACCCUUUCAACAUUCUCUCCAGCCCUGUUGUCCCUUGUUUCUAUGACACUGACAUGGGCUGGCAUGUUACCUGAGCAGAGGGCUCUAAACUGAUCACACUGUGCUGUUCUCAAGAGGGGCCAAAAGGCUGGAGGAAAGAUUAGCUUUGACUUUACUUAAUAUAUUAAAAUUAACUGGAAAAUAAGUUCCUAUUUAGUAACCGUAUUUGCACAAUGUCUUAAAAUGUAAACUCUUAAAUUGUAAACAUUGUUUUCUUUAAAACUCUACCACUGUUGAGGUAUUAGUCUAUUUGUCCUGGGAACAAUAUAGUGUCUAUAUUCACACACUUAUAUAUUACAUAUAUGUAUUAGUGAACAAAGAAGACAUCUAAUGUGUAGGAUCUAUCUAAUAGGUCUUCUCAUGCUGUAGUUUUGCCAUGGAAUUUUUGGUGCCCUGUGGUCCCAGAAAAAAAAUGAUUGCAUUUCAUGAUCAGAGGGCUGGAGUAUGUCCCCUAUGAAGACAGUCUGAAGGAGCUGAGUUUAUUCAGUCUGGAGAAGAAAAGGCUGUGGGAAGACCUCAUUGCAGCUUUCUAACAUUUAAAGGGAGAUGAUAAACAGGAGGGAAAUCAACUUUUUACAGUGACAGGACAAAGGAGAAUGAUUUUAAACUAAAGGGGUUGUUUAAUUUCCCCCUUCCUUCCCAUUUUCCAAGCAAACAAACAGCUUGCUUUCUGUGCAGGCUGAUUAAAACCGGUUUUUGACUACACGGACUUACAGGGAUUGUAUUUUCUCUGAAUGGACUUGUGUGUGGAGAACACAAGUGAGUCACUGGUGAAAUAAUUCAGUGGGGUGGAGGAUGAUAAACCAGCUAACACCGGAAUGUCAUAUUUCAUUUCCUCUGCUAAGAUACCAGCAGUGAGUUUGCUGGUUUUCAGUGGGAAAUCAUUCAGAGCCACAACAACUGAAGAAGCGGUGAAGGACAGAGCAUCCUGUCCAGAGGUUUGCUGCACAGAGAAGCUGUGGGUGCCCCAUUCCUCGAGGCACUUGAGGUCAGGUUGGAUGGGGCCCUGGCUGGCACCGCCCAUGGCAGGGGUUUGGAACUGGAUGAUCUUUAAUGUCCCUUUUGACCCAAGCCAUUCUAUGACUCUGUUCUGAUUCUUGCUGCCCUGCUUGCAUGUGAGUCCUGGAUAGGCACAGACAUAGGAGGAGAGAGAUGGAUUCCUCCUCUUUUCUCGAGUUAAAAUCACUGAGGCUUUGCAGACCCAUCCACAGUCCCUCUGUGCAACACUCUGAUUUUCAUCAGCUGUUUAUGCAUAAAUGGGUGAUUUCUAAUGAUUCCCCAGGUGCUGCACAGGAAAGGGAAGGGAUUUCCCAUGAGGAUAUGUUUGUUGCUUUCACCACUGUGGCAUCCACCUCCCCUGGGAUACGUGUGAUAGUUAGUGCUGUUUUUAUUGCUCAUUAGUGCUUACUGUAGGUGAGCUCUGCAGCCAGGAGCCAGGUGGCUGCAAGGGCUGAUGGACCACGAGAUGUCACUGCAGGCUCAGCCCCAGCCACAGAAUCCCCUUCGUUUGCAAAGCAUCUGAAAAUCUAAUGCAGUCAGUGCUCGUUAUCACCAAGGGGGGAAAAGUAGAAAAGGGACAGUUUAAGCCAAAGGAUAGAAUGUACCUAAAAUCUGGGCUUGAUUGGAAACUAUCGAGCUGCAGAACUGAAGAUUUGAGGCCAGUGUUGAUUUGUUUGGAGCUCUGAAUUGCUACCUUGUUUGUAUUAUCUGACAGCUAAGUGAUUCCUGAGCUCCUCGCUUGCUGUCUGCUAAGAUUAGCGUUUGCUUUCUUUUCUGUUUUCCUUUGACAAGCAGAGAUCUCACAAGAUAAGCAGUGCUGCAGGAGAGCUGAGCAUCGUGCACCUGAGCUGUGUGCUCAGCACCAACCCACACCUUCAGAUGGGAUUUAGAUUCCCCAGGUAUCAGGGGUGCAUGAGAUGUGCCAGCAGCCUGGGCCAGCUGUGUGAUCCCUGCUUGGGAUCAUUGGCAGUGCCACAUACGCAUGGUGCCAGCCACAGCAUGCCUCCAGCACGACCCCUAUGUGGGCAACAGCUGCUUUUCUAGACCCCUGCUCGCCCAGGGGCUGCAAAACUAUCUGGCUGCUGUAAAAAGGCAGCAAACCCAUUGGCUUUCACACAGGACCCGCAGGGCAGCAGACCAUCGUGCAGCAGGACCAGCAAGGGGAUGGAUGUGUGGUACCUGCGGCUGCGUGCAGCACUUGUCACAGAGGUGCUGCUGUCCCCUGUGAGGGUUAAUGUUAUUUUCAGACACCUCUGCAUUGCAGCUGAAAAUCGGAGAGGCUGGGAGCAACCUGCUGAACAGGAAACGGCUCAUUAAAUACAUACUGUCACCGAUUCAUAAGAGAGUGUGAAGACAAUAUAAUUACUGUAAUUAUGGCAGAUACUUGCUGCGGAGUUGCCAUUUGUGUUGGGAAUUUUAUCCUCUCUGUAUGGCAGGAGGAUUAAAAGAAGCAACCUAUAGAGCUGCCAAUAUGUUCGUGCCGCAAAGGACUUACUCAGAAGCUGUUGUCUGGUUGUUCUGCUUACAGAAAGUGGAGCUCCAUGAGCUGCUGGCAUCCCAGGGGCAGAGCAGAGGCAGGGAAGGCUGCUGGUCUGCUUUCUUCCUGCUGCAAAGGAGGCAGAUUUUGGCUGUGAAUUUGAACCCACCCUAUGCUAUGCAGGCCAAGGUGGCAUUGAGAAGGUCCACAGCAGCAGCAUUUAUGAUAUCACAGUGUGAACAUUAGUCUUUUUCUUUUUCUUUUCUUGGUUUCUAUUGAUCCCAGUGUUCCCAUUUACAGAGCUCAGUGUUUCAGUGACCAUGGUUUCUCCUCUGCUAAGGCUCUCCUGUUGCCUCAGAAAAUUAUCAUCCCAUUUACUUAAUAAGGCUGACUCCAAGCUUCAGGCAUUGGCCUGCCAAGUUGAUGCACAAAGGUGAGUGAAACUGGCCACUUCUCUGUUUGCCAUCCUCCCCUGCAGGCUUAGCUGGGGAGGUUUGUGCAAGGCAAUGCAAGUGGAGGCACACAGCUCAAGAGUAAUGAGCCUUAAAGUCACCAGCGUCUCACAUCUCCUCUCUUGCUCUACUGAUGGAGAGUAAACUGCAGGUAAACUUCAGAAGUCAUGUGCAGUAAAUGUCAUACAUUCUUAUCAUGCCCAAGCCCAUGUCCAUUCACAAGGUGUCUUUCCACAGAUAUCACACCUGUGAAUCUCAGAUUCAGAGAUGAGGUAAGUGGGGAAGCAGAGCAGGAGCGUGGGAAUGAGCCUUAAGCUGCCUAGUUUGAGUAAUGAUUUCAUUCUGGCUGAUAGCAGCGAGAAGUCAAGAGGGGUGAAGACAGCGCCCUAUUUCUCAGUGAGCUAAUAGUGACCAUCGGCCUACUUUUUAUUGGGAGUGAUUACAUUUUCCUUUUCUGAUCCUUACAGCUCUCAUCUAUUUGCCAUCAGCAAGCUUGCCUGCUUUGCCCGUGAUGGGAUCACACGUUCACCAAAGCCACUCUUGUCGCUGUAUGGGAACACGUUCCUCCCUGCCUCUAGAAGCUGAGGAUUGGAAGAGGUUAUGAACAUCAUUGACCAGAUUUUCUUCAGUGUAUGACACCUGUCAGUUGACUUAAACGACUCCUCGCCAUUUCUUCAUGUUCUGCAUCUCCCACAAGUCAGCUCCACAGAUGCGUCAGGAAUGCUUCCUGAUGGCUGCAUUGGAACAAAUGUGCAGGUGAGGUCAGGAGCCAUUUAUUUCUUCAAGUAUUUGCAUUGAUCUGGCACUAAUGGCUCAAUCUCUUUGCUGCCAUCCAUCAGUAGGACACAUCAGGCCAUGCGGUGUUCUUUGUUUUUAGAGGUAUGAAGUAGCAGUCCAUCACUUCCACACCGUUGCUGUGGCCCUGAACGCAAAAUAGCCCACUGCGAACUCCUGGAGGUUUGAAUGGAAAACUCUUCAGUAUCACUCAGAAAUACAAGUUUUAGGUUUAUCAGCUCCUUGUUGGCUUGUGAAUAAAGGCCACUAUCAGUGUGGAGAAAGUGGGGGCCUUCUGUCCCAGACAUAGAGUCAUAGAAUCAUAGAAUCACAAGGUUGGAAAAGAUCUACAAGGUCAUCCAGUCCAACUGUCUUCCCAUCACUGUUACUACUCCAAGCCACUAAACCAGAUCUUGUAGCUCCUCAUCCAGAUGCUUCUUGAACACUGCGAGGGAUGGCAACUCCACCAUCUCCCUGGGCAGCAAGUUUGAUUAUGGUCUAAAGUUACAUCGACUUUCACCUGUCUGCUGUCCAUUCAAAGAAGAGGCAGAAGGAGAUGGGCCAGGUUAGUCUAGGGAGAGUUGGAUAGAGACAAUAGUAAGAUGCUCCAUCAGUGUCCCCCAGCUAAGUGACACUGAAGUGCUACAUGGAGGAAGUACUUUUUGGGGAGCUAUCAGCAGUCUAAAACUGUACUGGUACAUUCUUUUCUCUGGGUUAAUAAAAGCAUUUCAUGUGCUUCAA